AUGGCCCACCCCGGGCAGCCUCAGUUUUCCCCGGCGCAGGAGCCAGGCACCGUCUCACCCCUGGACCUGCCGGAGAUGGAGAAACUCCUCACCAAGGUCGGGGGCCAGGAUGACAAGACCCUGAAGCUGUCCAAGUCCCCCUCGGGGGCUCUGGACCUGGAGCAGGGCUGCCACAGUCUGCCCUUCAAGGUGGUAUCCGAGGGGCACCGGGAGGCCUCGCUCCCCCAGGCAUCCUCCCGGGCCAGCUCGAGGCGGGCAUCCUCCAUUGCCACCACCUCCUAUACCCGGGACAGAGAAGUUCCCAAAGAUUACCUCGUCCUUGCCAUCACCUCCUGCUUCUGCCCCAUCUGGCCCCUCAACCUCAUCCCCCUCAUCUUUUCCAUUAUGUCUCGAAGUAGCAUGCAACAGGGAGACCUGGACGGGGCCCGGAGGCUGGGCCGCCUGGCCGGCAUGCUCAGCGUCACCUUCAUCAUCCUGGGGGUCGUCAUCAUCAUCGUGGCCGUGGCUGUCAACUUUGCAGGUGAGGCCCAGCCGCACUCCAGCUUACUCAGUGAGGACUGUGGAAGGCUGUGGCCCAGCGCCCUGGGACAGGGGUGCUGGUGGGGAGAAGGGUAAGAGCACGUGUGGGCCACAGCCUUUUCCUCUCACUCAAGGAAAGCAACCCAGUCCCCUGCAGGGACUGCCUGAGUGGGGUUGGCUUUCUGACUUUCUAAUGCCUGGAGAAUAGAUCACUAGGAAAGGGCGUGGGAAGAGCACGUGCCCAGGAGUCAGAGGCCACGAGCUCUAGUCUCAGCUCUGAUGGUCCUGGGUCCCGCACCAGGGUCUGCCUGGGUUGAGUCUCGGGGUUUUCACGUCGAAAGCGGUAGGAAGAAGCCUCCAGCACAGAGGCUUUUGUGAGCAUCACCUGAGAUGAUGCAUGUGACUCUGCAUUGUAAACUGGGGGCCUGCCAGACAGCAUCCCUGAUGAGACAGCCAGGACCUACUGGAAGUCAACCAUGCACGUGCUGGAAGUCAGGAAGCAACACUUCUGUGAGUGCCCAAAGGUGGCCCAGGGAAGUUAUCCAAGCAGGACGACCAUUUUCAAAGGUGACACUCAGCUGCUCACAGAGCCCAGGCAGCUUUGAGAAUUUCUGGGCUAUGCAGGUCAGUGUUGUCCA